CUAGUCUGCAUGGACACAUGGGCAGACAGGCCUACCGCAUGGCAGCGCAUGAACUGAACACGACCAUUGCGCCCGCGAAGCGAAACACGGCCGAGCAGACUUCGAGAAGGCCUUCAAACCAUCUGCAUCGACACUCCCGCACGGGGAAGGGGGCCUGGCGCCCCUCAUGCCGUGAGCCGCCACAACAUGUGCCUGGUUGGUGGCGGGCUGGCGGGCAUGACGAGAGCAGAAGCAGUUGCAGUUGCGUGCACACGCAGACACGGCCCCAGACAGUCGACUGGGGAGAGAGAGGCCCAGCUGCAGCUGGGGAGGAGAGGCCAUGGCUGACCAAGAGCGGUAACCAGACUGGCGGGUCGAGUGCUUUUGCGCCGCACGCGACAAGACAGCUGGAGGGGCUGGGGGAUCGCGGGACCCUAGUUCCCAGGCCUUUGUGGGCGUUGCCAAGCCGAGGCUCGUCUGACAGGCGGGUGGUGGUGGG